AUGCGUGAGGGAUGAAAUCGCGAUAGCGCGGCCCAGAAUGUCCGUGAUUGUGAACGCGUCCGUCCAUCCGGACGAGGUGUUCGGCAUUGAAGGCUGGCACUGCGUGCAGGCCAACGAAUCGCAGCCCUACUACUGCACCCUCAGCGACGACUACUGCAUCAAUCAGUACGAGAACAUCACGUACCUCAACAUCUCGUGUGAAAUCGUGCUGGACUACGGCAUUCCGCUGUACGGCUACUGCACGCCCUUCCUGCUCUUCAUCACGAUGACCGCCAACCUGCUCAUAGUCAUCGUGCUGAGCCGCAGAAGCAUGGCCACGCCGACCAACUCGGUGCUCAUGGCUAUGGCCCUUUGUGAUAUGUUUACGCUUCUUUUUCCCGCGCCGGGACUCAUCUACAUGUUUACCCUCGGCAAUCAUUACAAGCCACUGGCGCCAACGCUUGCGUGCUACGCCUGGAACGCUCUCAAUGAGGUGAUUCCCGCCAUGUUUCACACCGCCUCCAUUUGGUUGACGCUAGCGUUGGCGGUGCAAAGGUACAUCUACGUGUGUCAUGCUCCAGUGGCGCGCACUUGGUGCACGAUGCCGCGCGUGAAGAAAGUCAUCUUCUACAUCUUCGUGGCCGCAAUGCUCCACCAGAGCACCCGCUUCCUGGACAGGGAUUUCCACUUGAGCAACAUCGUGUGGGACAACCAGACGACGAGCGUUUGCCGCCUAGAAACGGCGGUUUGGGUGCGCGACUACAUCGGCGAGGACAUCUACUUCACGUCCUACUAUCUCUUCCGGAUCCUCUUCGUGCACCUGCUGCCCUGCGCCGCGCUCGUGGCGCUCAACGUGCUGCUGUUCAAGGCGAUGAAGUCGGCGCAGGAGAAGCGUGAGAAGCUGUUCCGGGAGAAUCGCAAGAAGGAGUGCAAGAAGCUGCGCGACGCCAACUGCACCACACUCAUGCUGAUCGUCGUGGUGUCCGUGUUCCUGGUGGUUGAGAUCCCGCUGGCCGUCAUCACGGCGCUGCACAUCAUAUCGUCGGCCGUCAUUGAGUUCCUGGACUAUCGCGUGGCGAAUCUGUUCGUGCUGUUCGCCAACUUCAGCCUCAUCGUCAGCUAUCCGAUCAACUUCGCCAUCUACUGCGGCAUGUCCAGGCAGUUCAGGGAGACGUUCAAGGAGAUCUUCAUCAAGAGGCCCAUUGGAGCAGCCAAGAAGGACAACUCGUCCAAGUACUCCAUUGUGAAUGGCCCGCGAACGUGCACGAACGAGACGGUUCUCUAGUGGCGCGCUUCGGACGCACAGCGAGCCAACGGACGAUGAGCCUCUUCAUCAUCAGCCAGAGCUGCCGCAGCCGGAAAGAUGUGAUGAAGAAGGGGAGAAAUGUGAAACGACUCGUCGGCGACACUCGCAACAUUUCCCAUCGACUUUCCUCCGAGGGACUCUAAUGAAAAUCUCCAAAUUAGCACUCCGCCAGGGUCGCGAGAGGCACACUUAGGCUAUAGGAAUCUUGUGAGAUAUUCUGUGAAUAAUUGUAGCAGUGUGAAAUAUAUCGAGAAUAAAUUGUGUGGAGUAGCAUUUAAGGCACUUAAGCUUGUGGAGGAGUUGUUUGUACAUAAACCACAGAAUCACUGUUUAGACCUUAAGGCUCAAAAAGGAAUUGGCCAUCGCGAGGCCACCGCAAUUGCCGGAUUCAUUGACACACUGUGAAAAGAGCCCCAAAUCCGCCGAUUGCGGUGAACAGGCUCGAUGGCUGUUCUGUCUUCGUCAUCAUAUUUAUUUAUUUUGUAUUCAAGCGUGAUGUAAAUGAAUUUAUUUUUCUAUCAAUUGUUGUGCGUGUGGCUCUUGCAAAGGAGGCUAAAAAUGUACAUUUUGCCAUUGAUUUCAAAUAAAAUUUAAUUUUAAU